AUGUACAACAAUUGCCAUACAAGUGAAUCGUAUAUGAUGACCGCUGCGGACAACAACGACUAUAUGAUGAACUCUGCUACGGCUCGUUUUCAGACUCAAUCUUGUGAGUCCCUCUGCCCUCCAGUCGCCAACAAGUGCAAGCGUUCACGCACCGCAUUCACGAGUCAUCAGCUGCUGGAACUGGAGCGAGAGUUCAAUGAGAAUAAAUAUCUGGGCAGACCGCGUCGCAUAGGGAUCGCUCAACGUCUGCAGCUAACCGAGAGACAAGUGAAGAUUUGGUUCCAGAAUCGACGCAUGAAAAGCAAGAAACAGGCCAACAGGCAGCUGAGCCACAAAGGAUUGUUAAGUUGUGCUCCAACUCAAGCCGUGGAUCAUUCGGAGCCACAACUCAGCGAGCAUGAGCUGAUAGUUGAACGUCUAUUACAGUACGUUAGCGAGGGACAACAACCUGAGCCAUUUGAGCUGUGUGAUCAGCAAUAUAACUAUGGAAUAUUGGAGCAGGAUCAGUUCGAUUUAAAUGCCGAUAAGAACCCUGAACCAUAUAAUGAUCGUUCCGAGAUUACGUGUGUGGACAUGUGGCAAAACAGUUGGUUCAGCACUGAGCUAUUGGAUGGAAGUACAGAGACAAAAGACGUGCCGGAAUUUCCACACAUCGAUCAGUUAAUUGCUGAGCCAUCGAUAGAUCAGCAGCUUGGCUGGAAUUCGAGCAGCUCAAUGGCCACAUCUGCAUCCUCUUCCACCGCCUCAUAUGACUCCUUUGAACCGUUCGAUAUUGAUCUGCAGGAGUUCCAAACUAUCGAUCAGUUCAAUAGUGCUCCGAUUGCCGAACAACAAUUUAGUUGGGAUUCCAGAGGCACCUCCACAGCUUCUUAUGAUUCCUUUGAUGUAGAUUUCGACUUUUUACAGCAUUUAUUAAACACAUAA